AUGGCCUCCUUGUCCUCCCAGGCUACCGUUAUUGGGCAACCUUCAUCAGAUAAUCAAAGGAGUCAAUUUUCUUUCGAGCCUGACAAUGAGCGUUGGAGUCAGCUCAGAAAGCUUCUCCACAACAAUGUUCUCAGUCCCAAGCACUUCGACACCUUAGCGAUGGAGAAGGAGGCAAAUGACGGCGUGGUGAGGCCUUUGCAGGCCUUGAAAAUAAUGGCAGUGAGGUUUCUGAAUGAAUUGGUUGCUGAACGUAUUAGGUUAGGCGAUGAAAGAGAUAAUGUUCUGCUGAAUUCAUUUCCUUAUACUCGCUACUUUAUUCCUUCGUCAAAAAGAGCUGUGAAGAAGUGGAAGACUCUCCGAGCUGCUAUUCUGCAGCUGAUUUUGCCUUUGAUUCAAUUUGCUCGCACUAGACAGCAGAGUGCUCCCGAUUGCUAUUUGAAUUGUUUGCUUUCCGUGGGCGAAGAAGAAGAAGAUGAAGAGCACAACUUAAAGUUCUCCGAUGAAGAAAUAGCCUUAAACAUGUUCGAGCUCUUUUUUCUCGCAGUAGACAGCACCUCAACAGCUCUAGAAUGGACUCUCGCUUAUCUCAUAAUCCAUCCUAAAAUACAAGAAAGGGCUUAUCAGGAGGUAAGACUAGUUGUGGAUGGAAAAGAAGGUGGGUUGUUAUGUUUGAAGGAGACGUUGAGAAAAGAGUCGAUAGCGCCGCUUGCAAUUGUACACCAAACUGUGGAGGAGUGUAAGGUGAUGGGCUUCACUAUACCAGCGAAAUCAUCAGUACUUAUAAAUUUGCAUGGUGUCUGGAAUGGUCCUGUAGCGUGGAAAGAGCCUGAUCAGUUUACUCGGGAGAGAUUUCUUGGCAAUAUGGAUUCUGACAAGGUGAAGAUGUGGUAUCUACCGUUUGGAGCAGGAAGACGAGUAUGUGCAGGAAUGGACCUUGCUAACUUUCAUGUCCCCAUCACUCUUGCCAAUUUAUUGCUUAAAUUUGUGUGGGCAUGUGUGAAGGAAGGGAGUUCUCCGGACCUAACCAGGCACAUUCCUUCCUUACUCGUGUCUAUGAAAUAUCCAUUGGAGGCUCGCAUAACCUGCCGUUAG